AUGGCAUGGAAUGAAAGCUUCUCCGUUGCUGAUGGUGGAGGAUGGGCCGGCGAUGUUUCGUUUGCUACUGCCGCACCGAAAGAAGCUCUGUCAAUGAAAGUGGCUGAAAGGUUGCCGGUCCCCGUCACUAUUAGCGAUCUUCACGAUUCUGCGAACGCUGAAGAGAAGUACGAGCUUGGAGAUUUCCCGUUCAGCACGGUCCUGACAAUGGGAAUAGUGAAGUCGGUCGCGGAGCUGGAAAACACAUCGAAUCAUAUUCUAGGUGAUCCAGAGAAUAUGGAUAAGGAGUUUGAGAUUCUUACUUAUAACGGGGUGUCGGAUUCUGAUUCGUCUUCAACAACGUUUGUGGAGGGUGUCAAGGUCAUGGUUGUUGGGAAAUUGCGCUCCUUGUCUGACAGACAUGGUAUCAUGUCGUACAGUAUCAAAGAAGUUAUUGAUGACAAGGAAUACCGUGCCUUCAAACUUGAAGCAAGGAUUGCGAAAUUAUACUUCGGAAAGAACGUGCCAUCUAUCCUUCGGUCUGGCCUGGGUCAGAAUCUUGUUGGGUGUGCUGCUGGCCCUCCUGCGGAUGUAAGCUCAACUUCGAACGUCGGGGAGGUUAUGAAUGUUUUUGGAACACAGCCAAACCGAAUAUAUGGGUCCACAUCAGGUGCUGCGUCCUCACGCGGUCAUAAUCUGGAAGGACAAAGAGGAAAAAUAAUGGAUCUUCUCAACCGCGAAAAAGAUAAUUACGAAGCAGUUGGGCUGUCAGAAGGCGACAUAAAAUCGGCCAUUGGUGCAGCAAAUAUGGAUUCACUGCGAAAGGAUCUCCAGUUUUUAGUUAAUGAAGGCCAUAUCUACAACACCAUUGAUGAUGAACACUACGCUCUUAUUGAUUAA